UAUUACUCUCUUUGCCAUAAAUAAUUCUGGUUUCAGAAAAGAUGGAUAUUUUGAAACCUAGUGUAGUGUGGGUCGGGGGGAGGUGCUACAGAAAGAAUAAUCAGGUUGAGUAUACUGUAAGAACUGGAUAUACUGGUGAGAAUGAGGAUGAAGAUGAUGAUCAUGAGUUUGUUAAUAAUCAAGGAGAUGAAGAGGAAAUUGAUCUCCAGCAUGUAGUUGAUGAAUUCUCUGGAGGGUUUAGAGCAUCUUUACAAGUAUCGUCAAAUUUUUUCCCUCUUAUUAUUGGGAAAGGAGGACAAAUUAAGAUCCGGCUUGAGAAGGAAACUGGAACCAGAAUUGUGAUCCCUCGGAAAGGUUUAGAAGGAGAUGUAGUUGUAUCUGGGACCCAGAGACAUGGAGUAGUUCGGUGCUGUAACAGAAUUGAUAAGAUGAUUAUGUCAUCCCGACAUAAACAGCCUUUUACCCAUUUUCUUUCUCUCCCGGUCAACUCCAACAAUCUUCAGCAAACUUUCAGCAAAUUCAAGAAAGAGGUAUUAGAUAACUGUUCUGGAUCCAGAGGUGUAGAAGAAUCAAUUUUUCAGACACGCUGCCACCACGCAAGUUACACACCUCUGGUAUCUGCUCCGGUCGAGAGAGUCCUCCUAGUCCUGCCCAGGCAAAGGUAACCCGGCCACUUCUAGGAUAGGA